CCAAUAAACAAAUAUGGUGAUGCUGUUGCCACUCGAAAGCUGCACCUCAAUAAUAAUCUUCCCCUAACAUAAUAGCUUCAAAUAUUAAUUAAGCUUUAGUUUUUGAGUGUUGAAAUUGAAAAUACCAAUAAUUAAUAAUAGCUCCAAACGAAUAAUCUGGAGAAUAUUGUGCAAACCAUGGUUAAGUAAAGAGAAACACAACACCAUUUCAUCAUCAACAUUACACACCAAUUCAAAACCAUUGUUAUUGUCUUUGUCUCUGUAAUCAUAGGUUCACAUCUUCAAUUUUGUAAUCCUUACAUCAUUCCCUUAAUCUUCCAAAACCCACUUCUGAUUUCAACAGGGUUUUUGAAAAACUAGACCUUUUUUUUGUGGGUCAUCUUUCUGCCUUCUACCAAAGAUUUUAUAUGGUAUUAGGCACUUAAAAGUAGGUAUCUUUUUUUUUUUGUUUUUGAAGUGGUGAAGAUAAAAUAGAUUGAUAUGGGAACAAAUAGCCAAGAGCAUGAAAUUUCAGGAGGAUCUGAGGUAAAAUAUCAGGAGAUGGUAGAAAAUGAAGUUAGGGAGCCUAGGAAAGAUGCAACCCACAAAAUAACAGCAGAAAGUUGCAAAUCAACCAGCAUGGUCAUAAAGAAAGGUCAUGCAAUGAUUCCUGCUCACAUCAUAGCUGAAGCAAUAUCAACUAUCCGUGAAAUCGAUCUUAGAUGGUCCGGUCCAAUCACGCCGAAAGAAAUGGAAUAUGUUGAACAGUAUGUUCUAGCAAAGUAUCCAGAAUACUCAAGGUUGAUUGAAGGAGAUGGAAAUGGGAUAGACAUGUCUACCUUUAUCAUCAAUGAGGAGCCUUUAGAUGAAAAGGGAAAGUCACCAAGAGGAACUCCUAGUCCUAGAGACUCUUCUGUAUAUUCAUUUGGCAGUAGUUUACCUGAAUCUGAUAGGGCCAAGAUUCAAUUGGAAUCAUCAAGGUUACUUGAUAUUCUCAACAAGAAAUCCUCUUUCACCGGAAGCUUCAUCUCGAUCCCGGAAAUCCAAGCGCAAAAUAAGGUUUUGAAACAUUACGGUUUGACAGAUGAAGAGUACCUUGUUCUCUUCACUCCGGGAUACAAGGAUGCUAUGAUGUUGGUAGGGGAAAGUUACCCUUUUGUUAAGGGAAACUACUACAUGACGAUUCUCGAUCAAGAAGAAGAUUAUAUAAAGGAAUUUGCUUUUUUUAAAGAGUCAAAGGUGAUUCCAGCACCAAAGAGUUGGUUGGACUUGAGGAUUAAAGGGUCUCAGCUGAGCCAAAACUUUAGGAGGAGGUGUAAAAUCAGCCCCAAAGGGCUAUUCACUUAUCCAGCAGAUGCUAGUGGAACAAUGCAUUGGAUCUCAGAGGCUCAUAGGAACCAUUGGCAUGUGCUACUUGAUGCAUCUGCCUAUGUAGUUGGAAGAGAUCGGCUCCAUCUCGCGCUUCAUCGCCCUGAUUUUGUGAUCUGUAGUCUUGACAACAAUACUCAUUCCAAUAAUACUCAUUCCAAUCCUUCAAGAAUCACCUGUCUUUUAAUCAGAAAGGAGUCCUUUGACACCUCAGGCGCUUCAUCCCAAGUAGUUGAAUGAAUGUUAUUCGGAAGACAAAUGAAGUUUGCACUGCAGAAAAGAACCGUGAAUUUUCCCGGUGUACUAUGUAGAAUGAAUAAAUUAGUACAUACAAAUAGAAUACUAUUUAUUGGUCACUGGUUUGGAUGCAUAUGUAUUCCUAAAUCAACCAGGUUGUUUGUAUUUUUAUGUUUAAAUGAGGUUUUGGUUGUUUGUCUAUUGUAACCAAACCCCAUUUUUUCUUUAUCAGAUAAAUGUUUUCAAGACUUUUUAUUUUACGUCUUACCAUAAACCUCUUGGCACGAUCAAACAUCUCUUAUCCUGUUUUGGUAUAUGCUCUUUCCUUUUAUGCUU